AUGGCCGACAUCAAGGCAGAAAAACUCCAGCCUGAGUCUACAGACAUGGCGGAGGUGUACGCAGAGAAAGUCGUCUUGUCUGAACACAACUUGGAGCUGGAACGCGCGUUGCAGAACUAUGUGCCAGACUCCGCCGAAGAGAAGGCGCUGGUCCGGAAACUUGAUCUGUACAUGGGCCCGACUUUAUGGUUCAUGUACAUCUUGGCGUAUAUCGACAGACAGAACAUUGGAAACGCCAAGGUCGCCGGCAUGGAAGCGGACCUGCAGCUCGACGACUCCCAGUACGCGAUGCUAUUGUCCAUCUUCUUCAUAGGCUACCUUGUCUGCGAAGUCCCUUCCAACAUGCUGCUCACGCGGUCACGGCCGUCGUACUACCUGCCCGGCAUCAUGAUCGUCUGGGGCACCGUCUGUGCCAUCAUGUCGGUCGUCAAGAACUACGAGGGGAUGCUCGCCCUCCGGUUCUUCCUCGGGUGCAUCGAGGCAGGCUUCUUCCCGGGCGUCCUCUAUGUCAUGACUUGCUGGUACAAGAAGGCAGAGAUUGGCAAGCGAUUUUCCAUCUUUUACACCGCUUCCGUGUGCUCUGGCGCAGUCAGCGGGCUGCUCGCCGGCGCAAUCACCGGUAAUAUGGAAGGUGUCCGGGGCAUUCGCGGUUGGCGUUGGCUGUAUCUCAUCGAAGGCGUCUGCACGGUGGGAUUCGCCAUCAUCUUCAAGUUCGUCCUGCUCGACUUCCCAGAGACGACGAAGCGUCUCUCAUUGGAGGAGCGGCAACUGGCCGUGGUCCGGAUGAUCCACGACCGGCAGACGACGGCGGCCAGGCACGGCCAGCGUCUCACCCACUGGCAGUCCCUCAAGGCGGCCCUGGCCGACCCGCGGACGUACGUCUUUGUGGUGCUGUUCACGAUGGACUUGGGAUCCUGUACGAUCUCCUAUUUCAUCCCCACAAUCGUCAAGCAGAUGGGGUACACGUCGGUCACGGCUCAGUACAUGACGAUUCCCAUCUGGAUGGUCGGCGCCGUCUUCCUGGUCGUGCUGUCCUACACGGCCGACCGGACCAAGGACCGCCGGUGGCACAUCACGGGAUGCAUGUGCCUCAGCUUCGUCUGCACGGUUGUCUGCGUGACCGUCUCGGACCCCAGGGUCGUGUACGCCAUGCUGUGCUUCUACAUUGCGGGCCUCUACACGGCGCUCCCGCUGAUGCUCAACUGGGCAUCGGAGGUCAUCUCCCUACCUGCGGAAAAGCGCGCAGUCGUCGUCGCCCUGGUCAACUCGGUUGGGAAUCUCUCGGCGGUCUACGGGAGCAGGCUCUGGCCCUCGUCGGACGGGCCCCGGUUCGUCAAGGGCUUCGCGACGACGGGCGCCUUCACCGGCUUCGGCACCCUGCUGGCCGCGCUGAUUCCGCUCAUAUUCUCGUACUUACCCGCGGAAGGCAACACCAGGGCCGAGCGCGACAUUUUGGCGCGCGAACGAGAGCUUGUCGAGAAUGCUCGAAGCAGCCCCCGACCACCCCCUGGUGAAGUCUAA